UGUUUGGUGCAGUCCCAAAACCGUUUGGGUGCUAUAAUCUCACACUCCUUACUGCUUCUCAGUAUACUAGCUCUACCACCCCCUGCAUUAGAGGUUAUUUUGGUGUUAUGCUCAGCACUUAGAGCCACCUCUAGCAUAACAAUGAGUCUGGGUAUCUUUUCCAACGCACCAAGUACUGAUAUCCACGUCUUUGUUUCCUCUUAUUGA